GAUCUUUAAAUCGAUCUGUUUGAAAAAAAAUCGGCAUCCCUAUCUCUGCCUGUAUCAUGGAUUGACCUGUUAGGAGCCAAAGCCUCCGAUAGAUGGCGCCACCGCGGCUCCUUGCGCACGGUUUCCACCGCGACUCCCAUCUAUCGCAGUCUCUCUUGGACAUCGACUGUAGGUGAUAGUGGCACUACCGCGAGAGUGUACUACAAAAUACUCUCGACACUCCGUAUGCGACAUUCACACUCGCAUGCAUACACACACACACACACACACAAACACAGCGCACAUUUCAUACGCAUCGCACACUCAACGGCGCGAUACCGUAGCAGUACCGUACGGCGGCUAGUCGCGUUUUCGAGUCGGUGGUUUUCGCAAUUUUUCGAUGAUGCCCUGGUGAUAACGAUACUUCCUCACGACACUGCAACGAGUCGCCGCACGUCCAGAUCGAUUUUUCCAGAUACAGAGCGAACAUGAGGCUUGCCGUGUGCAUUCUUUCUACACUGAUACUUCAGGCGUCGGCUAUAAUACAUGUCCCGGAUAUUAUAGAAGUUCAAUCGCCGCCACGGAUAUCCAAACAGCCACCGACCGAUGAGCAAUUGUUCCAAGUGAGCCAAAAGAAGAUCAACGAGAAUGACAAGCCAUUCCUGAUCGAGUGCGAGGCGGAGGGCGAACCAGCUCCGAAGUACAGCUGGAUUAAAAAUGGCAAGAUCUUCGAAUGGCCGGCGUACGAUGAUCGCAUCUCUCAGCAGCCCGGUAGAGGCACUCUAGUGAUCGCGAGGCCGGAAGACGGCGACCUGGGACAGUACCAAUGCUUCGCCGAGAACGAAUGGGGUAUCGCCACGUCGAACUCGGUGUUUGUGCGGAAGGCUGAAUUGAAUUCGUUCAAGGACGAGAAUCCGAUAACCUUAAACGCGAAUGAAGGCUCUCCGUUCAAGCUCACCUGCCAACCGCCUGAUGGCUGGCCUAAGCCGAACGUUUACUGGCUGAUUCAAGAUAAUAGCGGUGGCAUCAAGUCGAUCAACAAUUCGCGCAUGACCUUGGACCCGGAGGGGAAUCUGUGGUUCAGCAAUGUGACGAGGAACGACGCUUCCGACGAUUUCUACUAUGCCUGUGCUGCCACUUCUGUGUUCAGAAACGAAUAUAAGUUAGGCAACAAGGUAUUGUUGAACGUGAUCUCGACAGGCUCCUCCGCCAGCCAGAACAAAUACCCGCCCGAGAGGCAGUACGUCUCCAGGAAGAAUGAGGUCGCCCUGCGCGGCAAGAAGGUCGAGCUGUUUUGCAUAUUUGGCGGCACGCCGUUGCCGCAGACCAUCUGGAGCAAAGGCGGCGACCUGAUCAAUUCGAAUGAUCGAAUCUCUCAAGGCAACUACGGCAAGUCGCUGGUCAUCAAACAUGUCACCUUCGAGGACCAGGGCACGUACACCUGCGAGGCGUCAAACGGAGUCGGCACGGCUCAGUCAUACUCCAUCAGCCUGCAGGUGAUGGCGGUGCCUUACUUCACCGUCGAGCCAGAGAUCGUGAACGCCGCAGAGGACGAGACCGCGGUGAUCAGAUGCGAGGCCAGCGGAGUGCCCGUUCCGGAGCUCAAGUGGAUCCACAACGGCAAGCCGUUGAAGGCUGAAUCGAACAGCAGGAUGAAGCUUACGGCGAAUUCCAUCAUCAUCGAGAAGCUGGUCAAAAAUGAUACGGGUAAUUACGGCUGUAACGCCACCAAUUCGCUGGGAUACGUCUACAAGGAUGUGUACAUAAACGUGUUGGCACUCGACCCGGAGAUCACACAACCACCCACGGACUUGAACACGGUCGACGGGAAAACCAUACAGAUCACGUGUCGCGUCUUCGGAGCGCCCAAACCGGAGAUCAAGUGGAUCAAAAACGGCCAGGAGCUGACUGGUGGCCGUUAUAAGACUCUGGAGACGGGAGACUUGCAGAUCGAAGGUGUGACGUUUCUGGAUGCUGGCACUUACACCUGCCAUGCCUCCAACAAAUUGGGCCAAGUGGACGCGUCCGCCAGUUUGGUGGUCAAGGAGCACACGAGAAUCACCGACGAGCCGGAGGAUUACGAAGUUGCCGCGGGAUCUACCGCGACGUUCAGGUGUAAUGCCGUCACGGACUCCAGCCUAACCCUGACUAUAGAUUGGUACAGCAACGGCCAGGAGAUAGAAUUCGAGAUGGAGCCGAGGUUCGUGCGCAGCACCGAUUACUCCUUGAUGAUCACGAAGACGAUCGAACUGGACUCUGGUGUCUACACGUGCGUCGCGCGCACUGAGCUAGACGAGGCGAGGGCGCAAGCGACUCUUAUCGUUCAGGAUGUGCCUAAUGCGCCAAGAUUGAUCGACGUCCGGUGCGGCUUUAAGACGGCGUCGGUUCAGUGGAUGCCCAUGGGAGACAACAGGUCUCCUAUCUUGCGUUACACCAUCCAACAUAACACCAGUUUUACGCCCGACACUUGGGAGAUAUCCAAAGAUAAUGUGGCGGCCACCGUCCAAAACGAUGACGUGGCUAUGUCACCUUGGGCUAAUUACACGUUCCGUGUUCUUGCGUGGAAUAAAAUAGGCACGUCCCUACCGUCACCGCACAGCGAGGUUUGCACCACCUCCCCGGAUGUACCCUAUAGAAACCCCGAUAACGUGAUAGGCAAGGGUACAACGCCCCAAAAUUUGGUCAUCAGUUGGACGACUAUGUCGCAGAUAGAGCACAACGCCCCCCGAUUUAUGUACAGAGUAUAUUACAAGAGAGACAUACCGGGCGAAAGGUGGACUAUACAAGAUGUAAACGACUGGAGGAAGAACAAUCUACAGGUGGACAAUCAGCCUACUUAUCAGAGAUACAAGAUCAAGGUCGGCGCGAUCAACGAACGGGGGGAGAGUAAAGCCAUGCCCGUUGAAGUCAUCGGGUAUUCCGGAGAAGACGUUCCCUUACAAGCGCCCGGUAACUUCACGUUAAACCAAGUGAAGUCGAGUACAACUGCCCUGCUGUCGUGGAGUCCGGUGUCGGAGGAGUCGGUGAGGGGCGAGCUGCAAGGGUACAAGAUCCAAACAUGGACGGAGAAGGAAGGUGAGAAAGGCAUGCGCGAGAUUGACAUUCGCGGUGGAAACAAGACACACGCGGAGGUCAGCAAAUUCAUCCCGUACAGCAAGAAUUUCGUGAGAAUACUCGCUUACAACGGCAGAUACAAUGGUCCCGCGUCUGAACUUUUAACCUUCGAUACACCGGAGGGGGUGCCAGGAACGGUGCUCAGUUUAGAAGCGUUCCCGAUGGGAUCGAGCGCCCUGUUCCUGGUCUGGUCGCGGCCCGCGGAACCGAAUGGUGUUUUGACCGGAUAUAGGAUUUAUUAUCAAGUCGUGAACGGCACGAAGUUGGAAACCUUACUCGAGAGAAAGCCGCAGAUUACAGACUCGGAUGCCAUAAACGCCAAGUUGGCCGCGUUAGCGCCCGAUACGAAGUAUCGCGUUCACAUACGCGCGACAACCAAGAUGGGUCAAGGCAACGAUUAUUUCAUCGAACAAAAGACACGCACGUCUCAACGACCCGACGUACCGCAGUUCACGUGGGAGACUGUACCGGUAGAAAAUGGCUACUCGAAUGUGAGGAUCAUUUGGCUACCGAAUCUCAACGGCAAUCCAGGAAGUCAUUUCUUCGUCAAGUAUAAUCUCAAGGGUGAAACGAUAGCUUUGUUGACGGAUCCCGAGUUCCAGUCCAACACCAUUGAGGUUUGCGGUCUCCAGAGCGGUGAAGUCUAUGUGAUGUCGGUCGUUGCUGUGGACGGCGAUUACUUGACUGAAAGUGCCCCUCAAGAGGUCGAGACUAGUAGCGAAGGACCCAUCAUACAACCGAAAGAAAAUGUCGCAACAGCCGGAUGGUUCAUAGGAAUGAUGCUGGCGAUUGCCAUCCUCCUUUUGGUGCUGAUAGUCGUUUGCGUAAUCAAACGGAACAGAGGUGGUAAAUACGCGGUGCACGAGCGCGAGUUGGCUGCAGGACGCGGCGAUUACCCCGACGAGGGUGGAUUUCACGAGUACUCGCAACCGUUAGACACCAAAUCGGCCGGCGGACGUGCGUCUUUGGCAUCGUCUUCUCAUCAGGACGGUAAACAUCCUGAAUCCGAUACCGACUCUAUGGCAGAGUACGGCGAAGGUGACACAGAAGGCAUGAACGAAGACGGUUCUUUCAUUGGUCAGUAUGGCCGACAUCGUAAGCCGGAACCAAAUUCACAAGCGUUUACCACUUUAGUCUAAGGACGCUUCACGGAAGACGGUUCUUUCAUCGGACAAUACGGACCUAAAGGUAGACCAGAGGAAACGCCACCCAUUCCAACUGGUACUAUGGCCACGUACGUGUAACCUCUGCAACUAUCUUAAUCAAGCCGCAUAAAGAAAGACAAAAGAACGAAAGAAAAACGUUUUCUCUUUACGGUCGAGGAUUCCAGUCCUCGGCUAUUGCAGCAGCUCUGCUAUGCACCUUGCGCUGGGCGCAAUGUCCAACACUAUACUGCCAAUUAGACUUCGGUUUUGGGUUUUAUAAUUUUCAUAGAAAUCGCGAUUAUCUUAUCGCACUUACCUUGUCAGGAUGCGAGAUGCUUCCUGACGUGAUGUCUAGAUGACGACUUUUCAUUUGCAUUUUCAAGAUGUCGCAAACAUUCCAAAUUUUUUUUUCUCUCUUUUUAUGUAACCGGUUUCCCUCUGUGAAACGCGUAAAUGAGGAGGAGCUCAUUACGUGGGGAAUCAGCUUGCGUUACGAUGAUUGCAGUUGUCCGAUUCGGCAAUUGAUGACGAGUGCUUAUAUGCAUCACAAGUAUAUCUCUAUUUGAAUUAUAAAACCCAAGAACUAUAGGUGUUUCAUAGCGUGCAAGCUAUUUAUGGAAAAAUAGUACCGUAGAAACUAUUCUAGCAUUGACCGUAAUAUUUGAAGAACAGAGCCAGGUUGAGUUAGACACUUCGAUCAGUGGUAAGGUAUACGCGUUGCAGUCGUGUUAUUUGAACUCGCGCGCAAUUGUGAAAUACUUUUAAGACUGCGUGUGGUACCGACGUUUUACGACAUACCGACUGGAAACUCCUUCAUCAUUUAUCUACGUAAAUAUCCGUUUUUAUCGUUUAUCGUUAAUCCUUCGCACUCCAAGUGUCGACCUGGCUGGUAUAGAGCGAUUUUGGCAUUCUACUGCACGUAUGCCGACUCAGUAGCAAGCGAAAUGUUGCCGAGUUGGCGAAAUGCCAAGCGGUAACAAUCAAAUUAUGCGCUAAACUCGAAGAAAUUUAUUAUUAUUAUAUUUAUUAUUAUUAUAACUGACUGUUGAUAAACGCAUUCUUUCCACUCGCAGUUCGGCAAUAAACUGUUUACGAGUAAACUCUGUCGACGUCGCGCGCAAAAAUCGACGGAGCGCGAAGGGUUAAGGGACUGCUGGGUGAAUAUGCGAAUUUUAUAACGAAUAUAUGGAAAUUAUCUGAUGAAAUUCUAAGCAAAAGGACGCACGAUAAAUAGUGAUAUAGAAUGAUUGACACGUUAGUUACAUGCAAUCUUAAACAAAAAAGGAAAAAGAAAAAAAAACGGGAGAUAUGUGGCAGAAGCAAUGUAAAAGA